AUGAAGCUCAUCCACCUAUUUGGACUACUCGUGAGCGCGUCGGUUUUCGUCGGGGCGGAUAUCGCUUGGGCCUCUGACGCGUCACCCGAGAAACUGAACUUCGAGUCCACCGAGGACCCGAAAAGUCAUGGUCGUGGUCGGUUGCGUGGACCAGCAGAAGAGCGCAUGGCUUCCCUGGAGCCACUCGCUGAGGGGACCGCGCGCAUCGUGGGGAAAGUAUUGCCAAAGAUCGAGAGCAUUGGCGCCAAGACAGUACCGAAGAAGGCGGGCCAUAUCACUGUACGUGCACGGUCGGGUGAGCAUGUUCUGGACCUGAAAACGGUGGCUGCGCGUUUGGAUUGGCUCAUAUUACGUAAUACAGCAGUUGAGCGCUUGGCCCUGAACAUUCUAAAUGAAACCAAGGAAAAGCUUCAACGACUUUCUUUGGAUGCCAGAGUACGCGAGGCGAAAGCAGGCGAGCGGGACAUUGAAUCACAAAUGGAGCUUUUGACUAUACGUCUACUGGCAAAAUUAUCGGAGCCAAGGACGUAA